GUCUGCGUCGUCUGCGUGAUCGCGCUGAGUCUAGCUAACGAUAGAAGAAGAAAAAAAAAAUAUUUAUCUCGCUCUUGGCUUCGUGCUCUGCGAGUUGGUUUCGCGUCCCGUGAGGACGUCAGAAACUUUACGAGGUCUUCAGCAAUGACGUGAACAAGAUUUGAGAGCGUCGCGGAAGACACUACUACCACUCUGAAGACCUAGGCGGCGUCAAGCAUCGGAGAGGAAACGUUUUUCUGCUCUUGUGUCUUCCCACCUCAGGGCAUAAGUUUCCGCGGAGUGCGUGAGAGCUGCCAAGAUGAGGGCCCUGCUACUGAAGCAGUUCAACUUGCACACCGCCCUUGUGCGGUCCUCUCUGUGCCCUUUGUACCAGAGCACCUGUUACUUCUCCUCCAGUCCUGGCUCCGACAUCAAACCCAUCAAGAAGAUACUUGUGGCUAACAGAGGUGAGAUUGCCAUCCGUGUUUUCAGGGCAUGCUACGAACUCGGCAUUGGGUCGGUUGCCAUUUACUCGGAGCAGGACAAAAUGCACAUGCAUCGACAGAAAGCGGACGAGGCAUACCUCAUCGGAAAGGGCCUCUCACCCGUCGAAGCCUACCUCAACAUCCCUGAAAUAAUCAGGAUCGCUCAGGAGAACCACGUGGAUGCCAUUCAUCCGGGAUAUGGUUUCCUCUCGGAAAGGUCAGACUUUGCUCAGGCUGUCAUCGAUGCCGGUAUUCGGUUCAUCGGGCCUACGCCGGAUGUCAUGGCCAAGAUGGGGGACAAGAUAGCUGCUCGCCAGUCGGCCAUCAGUGCAGAUGUACAGGUCGUUCCUGGAACUGACAGGCCUAUAGAAACAACAGAGGAGGCUGUGGAAUUUUGCAAGAAACAUGGCUUACCGGUCAUCUUCAAGGCUGCUUAUGGUGGCGGUGGUCGAGGAAUGCGGGUCGUCAAGGAAAUGAGUGAAGUGGAAGAAAACUUUCAGAGGGCUACAUCAGAGGCGAAGGCAGCCUUUGGCAAUGGUGCCAUGUUUAUCGAGAGGUUCAUAGUUCGCCCACGUCACAUAGAGGUUCAGCUGCUGGGUGACAAAGCAGGCAACGUAGUACACCUGUACGAGCGCGAUUGCUCUGUGCAGCGAAGACACCAGAAAGUAGUUGAAAUUGCUCCAGCUGCAAACCUCGAUCCCCAGGUCCGACAAGCCAUGCUUACUGAUGCGGUGCGCCUUGCCAAGCAUGUUGGUUAUGAGAAUGCGGGAACGGUAGAGUUUCUGCUUGACGAGACGGGCCGUCACUAUUUCAUUGAGGUCAACGCUCGGCUUCAGGUGGAGCACACCAUCACCGAAGAAAUCACUGGCGUCGACCUGGUGCAGUCCCAGAUCAAGAUUGCCGAGGGCCACCUCCUGCCAGACAUUGGCCUGGUGCAGGAGAACAUCGUGCCCAAGGGCUGUGCCAUUCAGUGCCGAGUCACCACGGAGGACCCAGCCAAGAACUUUCAGCCUGACACCGGACGCAUUGAGGUUUUCCGGAGUGGAGAGGGCUUUGGAAUUCGGCUCGACAGUGCGUCGGCCUUUGCCGGUGCCAUAAUUUCCCCGUACUAUGACUCGCUACUUGUGAAGGUUAUCGCUCAUGCUCAAAACAUGAGGUCUGCAGCGGCCAAGAUGAAUCGUUGUCUGCGAGAGUUUAGAGUUCGGGGUGUCAAGACAAACAUUCCUUUCCUGCUCAACGUGUUCCAAAACGAGCAGUUUCUCAGCUCCAACGUCGACACUUACUUCAUCGACGAGCACCCCGAGCUCUUCCACUUCAUGCCAUCGCAAAACAGGGCACAAAAGUUGCUAUAUUACUUGGGUAAUGUCAUGGUGAAUGGUCCCAUGACUCCCCUGGCAACUCCACUUAAACCAUCCGACCUCACUCCAGUAAUUCCGGAGAUAGAGCCAGGCCCCGACAGACAGAAUUACGUACCUGGUUCGAAACCGCCACCAGGACUACGUGACAUCCUAGUCAAGGAAGGGCCCGAAGCGUUUGCGAAGAAAGUGCGCCAACAUGACGGUUUACUGCUAAUGGACACGACAUACCGUGAUGCCCACCAGUCACUUCUGGCCACACGAGUGCGCACAAUCGACCUGCUCCACAUCAGCCCCUUUGUUGCGCACAGCUUUAAUAAACUGUACAGCUUGGAAAACUGGGGUGGAGCAACAUUUGACGUGGCUAUGCGUUUCCUGCACGAGUGCCCCUGGGAACGGCUGGAGCAGAUGCGUGCACUUAUCCCGAACAUCCCAUUCCAGAUGCUUUUGAGGGGUGCAAAUGCCGUGGGCUACACAUCUUACCCUGACAACGUGGUCUACAAGUUCUGUCAACUGGCAAAGGACUGCGGUAUGGACAUCUUCCGAGUCUUCGAUUCUCUCAACUACGUGCCCAAUCUGAUCCUCGGCAUGGAUGCAGCUGGGAAAGCAGGUGCUGUGGUGGAGGCAGCCAUUUCGUACACCGGUGAUGUCUCCAAUCCGGAAAGAACCAAGUACAACCUGGACUACUACUUGAAGUUGUCCGACGAGCUCGUCAAAGCUGGCACUCACGUACUCUGCAUCAAGGACAUGGCUGGCUUAUUGAAGCCACAGGCAGCACGCAUCCUGAUCACGGCACUCAGGGACCGACACCCAGACGUGCCGAUUCACAUCCACACUCACGACACAGCCGGCGCAGGUGUUGCCUCUAUGCUGGCCUGCGCUGAAUCUGGUGCAGAUGUUGUCGACGUGGCCGUCGACUCCAUGUCUGGUAUGACAUCACAGCCAAGCAUGGGUGCCAUUGUGGCUUGUCUGCAAGGCUCCAAAUACAAGACCAGGAUCUCCCUGGAAAGCGUGAGUCGGUACUCGGCGUACUGGGAGCAAGCUCGUACCCUGUAUGCCCCGUUCGAGUGUGCCGUCACCAUGAAGAGCGGUAAUGCCGACGUGUACGAGAACGAGAUCCCCGGAGGCCAGUACACAAACCUGCAGUUCCAGGCAUUCAGCCUGGGACUUGGCGAGCACUUCGAGAGCAUCAAGAAGGCCUACCGCGAGGCCAAUCUGCUGCUUGGUGACAUCAUCAAGGUGACGCCCUCUUCGAAAGUUGUCGGCGACCUGGCUCAGUUCAUGGUGCAGAACGACCUGAGCAGCCAGGAUGUGCUUGACUGUGCUGAGGAGCUUAGCUUUCCCAGCUCAGUGGUGGAGUUCAUGCAGGGCUACAUAGGAGAGCCCUAUGGUGGCUUCCCAGAGCCACUUCGCAGCAAGAUCCUGAAAGACAUGGCUCGUAUCAGUGGCCGACCUGGCCAAAGCUUGCCUCCGCUUGACCUUGGCGCACUGAAGAAAAAGCUGGUCGACAAGUUUGGGCCCAGGAUCCGCGAAACGGACGUCAUGAGUGCUGCCAUGUACCCCAAGGUGUGCGACGACUUCCUCAACUUCCGCCAAACCUUUGGCCCCGUCGACCUUCUCGACACGCGCGUCUUCCUCGUCGGACCACGUGUGGGUGACAACUUUGAGGUGACGAUUGAAAAAGGCAAGACGUUGCACAUCAAGACCCUGGCUGUGGCUGCCGACGUCACACCGACCGGCGAGCGCGAGGUAUUCUUUGAGCUAAAUGGCCAACUGCGAUCCGUCUUUGUCAAGGACAACAGUAUGAGUGAGGACAUUGUGGCACAGCCCAAGGCAGACAAGGACGUCAAGGGCAGCGUGGGUGCCCCCAUGCCGGGCACCGUGGUCGACAUCAAGGUCAAAGAAGGACAGGAGAUCAACAAGGGUGACGCGUUGGUUGUGCUGAGCGCCAUGAAGAUGGAAAUGGUGGUGCAGGCGCCCGUGGCCGGCAAGGUGAAGAAGAUCUACAUCACCAAGGACAUGAAGCUCCAGGGUGACGACCUUUUGCUUGAGAUCGAGGAGGCUUCGUGAUCUCGUUUGGCAGGUUGCAUGGAACGAAGUGCCCCUUCGUUCAUCAAGGUCCACGUCUAUUGUUAGAGCUACAUCAACGAUGAAUCCCUUAUCUAAGCCAAUGUUUCCAAUUGGCUAAGCGCUCACAAUUGAGAAGGCCACACGUGAACGGUGGCUGAGAACGGCUUCCGGGAGAAGAGCCGGCCUGACUGUUUAAUAUGUGGCACCUUUCCAUCGUUGUUCAUUCAUACCAUGUUCAUUUCUUCUUUCCUUCCGCCCUGAGAGACGGGAUACCAGUAACGAAGGCGCACGUUUAUGAUGUGAUGCUUUCUUUUAACGUUUUUGGCUUCGAGUGGUGCUCACGGCUUUCUAGAGCACUGAACAGGAGUGCUGUCGCAUAUCAACCAAAGCGCGCUAGUCUUCUGAUGCAACGCGGACGCUCGUCAUGUACAAUUGAGGUAAAGGAGAGCCAACAUUAAGCAGAGCAACAAACGAGGCUAGUUUGUGCACAUUCAGUUUUCUUACACUGUGUCUAAGGGGGGAACUGAAUUAAUGAAGAGGGACGAGAUGUAAGUGCAAACUACAGACUGAUUUUAUUCGAGCAAAGUGAGUGUUUAUACGUGGUGAUUGGUGGGCGGUAGGAGCAGUUUCGCGAUUUGUUAAGAUGGUAGUGCAAGAAAACUGUGAAGGCAAAACUAGCCUGCGAGUCCUGUUGGCCAGUCCUUAGGUUAGUCUGACAUGACUAUUCACGAUUAUGAGAAUUCUGUUUCCUGUUGUUGUCUGUUAGACAUACUUCGCGAUUGCGCACAGAUCUACAUAGCAGCAGACACGUCUUUUUAUUUUUAGAAAAUAUUUAUGGGUUGACGAACGUCUCUUCCCUGAUUUAGUGUUCGCUGGAUAGUGCGACAUUUAGUAAUCUGAAGCUGUGCACCAGAGAGUGCUGUGCUUUAGCCUACAAGCCACUCUUGUGACGUCCAACUUGAUUACCGCCUGUAUCAAUAGAAAUACUAUUUCCUCUAGGCAUUAUUUAUGUAUAUAGGCUUCCAAUGUUUGCCUUUUGCAAGUACCCGAUUUUCCAGUGCUGUUGGACAUCAUUGUCAUUUUGUACCAUUGAUAUUUUAUAGUGUGCAGUUGUUUCUUUUUUGUUUUUUCAUUUUAUAUACAACUUUUAGGAGACCUGAAAGUGCUUUUACCGGUUCAUUUCAAUUUGUUCUAUUUUGGAUAUGUCAAGGGCCCUUUACAGUUAGACAAGUACCAGACAAGAACAAUCUAAAAAAAAAAUUCUCAUGUUCUUAAUAUAAGUGUUAGGACAUUGCAGAGUACUUUUUGUUCCCUUUUUUUGUUUGUAUUCAUGUGUGCAAUUGCUGUACAAGCAUCACUUCAGUUUUGUUAGGGAGUGCUCUAGAGUUCUCCAAUCUUUCCCCGGGAACUCAAGACAACAGCCUUAGCCACUGCCUUGGUGAUCCAUUUGUUAGUGAAUAGAAGCACAGCACCUUGAAGUGCUUACGUUGUGCGAUGGAUAGUCGAGAGUGAUAACGCGGUCUUUCAGAGAGAGUCUUCCAAGAAGGUGCGUAUAGGUAGUUCCACACAUGUCUAUUUUUCAUAAGUCUUCUUUUUUUUAUUUUGCUCGGUCUUCAUGUGCUCUUGCUGUAUAUAAUCACAAUAAAUAAAACGUCGAAACGCA